GGAAGGCCCUCAAGGUUUCUGUCCAAAACAGAAAUAAUCGCUAUUUACAUUUACUUUUGAGCCAUUUGGGGCCCAAACAUGUGAGUAAUCAGUUUUCAAAGUCAAAUGCUGCAGAAAUGUCUUAAGAGAAUGAGGGUGAGGAAAUGGUCAUUAAACUUGUAGAUUAGGAGGUGAUCUUAAGGCAUGCACCUUUAAGCUGGAAGCUAGCAGGAGGUGGAGGAGCAAAUGAGUGGGUGGCGAAACAAUGAAUAAAAAAUAUUGAUAUCCAGUUAGGUGACACCCUAGGACUUUUUUUUUUUUUUAUCAGAGAGAAGAAAUAUAUACAACCUAGCUUUUUUUUGCUGAAGCAACUGGGGUUAAGUGACUUGGCCAGGGUCACAAAGCCAGGAAAUAUAUUUGAGGCCCUCAGGUCCUCCUGACUUCAGGGCUAGUGCUCUAUCCACUGCACCAACUAGCUGCCCCACAGCCUGGCUUCUUAAGCUGUAAUUCUUGACCCCUUAUGGGGUCUCAUAACUGAAUGUGGGGAUUGCACAAUUAUGAUUUAUUACCAGUAAAUGUUUGAUUUAUAUACCUGUGCACUCAAGGCGGCAUAAAAAUUUCUGUGGCAAAAAGAGGUCACAAGUGGGAAAAGUUAAGAAGCCCUGAUACAGCAUUUGACUUUUAACCAUGUUCUUCUUUGACUAUUUUUUAGUCUCUUUUGCUCUUUCUUUAUCUACAUCAUACUCUCUAAUUAUGUGUCCUUUAAAGCUUUGUCAUGGGCCCUCAUCUCUUUUCUCUUUCAACUUGGUGACCUCAACAGUUAUGCAGAUGAUUCCCAGAUCCACCUGUUUGGUCCAGAUCUCUCUUCUGAGCUUCAGUCCAAGCAUCACUAACUACAUGAUGGAUAUUUCAAACUGGAUGUCCUAUACCCAUUUAAAACUCAACAAGCCCAAAGCAGAAUUUCUCUCUAUUCCUCCUCAAACUGUUCCCUUCUGCCCCUUAUUGUCUAGGGGAUCACCAUCCUUUGGGGUACCCCACAUUUGUAAGUUUCGUAUCAAGCUCAACUCUUCUUUCUCCUUUACCUACAUAUCCAGUCACUUGUCACAUCUCAUCAUUUCUUUCUCUACCACACCUCUGGGAACUGCCCCCUUCUCUUUACACACACACACACACACACACACACACACAGAGUUGCCCACCUAGCUCAGGCCCCCAUCAUUAGUAUUAGACAUGUGGACAAGAGUCCACCCAAACCAGAUUAAAAUAUAAUCAGGAAAUACUUAACAAAAUUAAUACAAACACAAUCAAGUAUAGAUUUAGUAUAGAUAGUUUUAAAAUUGAGGCAAUUUGCAGCCUGCAGGGAUCCUUAUGUAUGAUUUAAUGACCCUGUUUCAAUUUUAGUUUGACACCACUGGCCAACCUAUUGUGAUAGUCUUUUCAUUGAUAUCUGUGACCCAAAACUCAACCCACUCCAGUCCAUUUUCCAUUCAGCUGCCAAAGUGAUUCUUUUACAUCGCUCAUCUGACUAUUGUCACCCCUUGUCUCUCCCCCACUCACUGUUCCAGUGGGUCCCUUUUACCUCCAAGAUCCAAUAAAAAGUUCUUUGUUUGGCAUUUCAAGUUCUUCCCAACAUGCCCCCAUCCUUCCUGUCCAAUCUUCUUCCACGCUGAGUGUCCUAGAUUGGUUUAUUGCUCCUCCUAACACAUGACGCUUUAUUUCCUUAUCCUGGGACUUUGUACUCCCCAUCCCUGGAGUGUUUUCCUUUCCAACUCAGCUCCAAUGUCUUCUUGGGGAGGCCUUUGUCCCCAGCUGUGAGGGCCGUCCCAUCUCAGAGUCCUUCCUUAUACUCUAUUUCUCCCCUGUGGUCUGUCUUAUAUACCUUAUGUAAAAUUCGAAUGGCCUGUGGCUAAUAACAAAUGCUUAUUGCUGGAGGAUAGCUUGAGGGUCAAAUGAAGGAUGUGGUUUGGUUUGUUUGUUUUAGGUUUGGGGUAAUUGAACCUGAUAAAUUGGGGACUAAUUGGUGGGGAAAGUUCCUCCCAAAGAUAGCCUCGAGGCACCAGGGGAAGGCUGCCCAUAGUCUGGGCUCAGGCUUCCUUUUCCUGGGCUUAUUGAGACACAGGCACAAACUGAUAACUGUGGAGUUGGAGGCAAUGUCUGGGGGCCUCUGGGCCUACUCCCUCCCUUUGCAUUUGAGGAAGUUGAAACCUUGAAAGGUUAUGAUUUAUCCUGGAUUACCCGAGUAGUAAGUGACAGAGGUUAGAUUUGCCCUGAGAUCUUAUGACCUCAAAUCCAUAAUCUUUCCCCUGUAUCAGAAUGUUAAGUAAAAUACCAAGUCUCUGCUUUGCUAUCUUUAUUCUUGAGAAAAUAGGGAAUCUUGAUUCAGAAGUAAAUCCUCAGUUCAUUCAACGAAUAUUUAUUGGGGGAUUACUGGUGCUAGGAAUUAAAACCAAAAUGAAAUUGCCCUUGUCUUCAUGUUUACAAAUAACGAAAUGGAAGGUUUAUUUGAAAAAAGAGAAAGCACUAACCAUGGGGGGUGGAGGGCAGAUCUUGGAGAAAAUCCAGGAAGGCUCCAAAGAAGGAGUGGUGUCUAAACUAAGCUUAGAAAGACUAUCUGGGACUAUCUAGACCCUGAUAAGAACAGAUGGAGUGGCGUGUUUGGGGGAGCCCUGGGUAGGACUUGUUAGAGUUCUGAAAUUCUGAGAGAAGAUUGGAAUAAGAAGUCCCAUCCACUUAGGGAGGAAUAAAUGCUAGCCGAAGAGGUGGGAGGGAGCCCCUGAAGGUUUUGGGAGGCAGGUGGAGGGAGGCUCAGACUUAGGCCUUGGGAAGCUGACUUGGUGGCUGUGGGAGAUGGCUGGCAAGGAGAUGGGCAUGGAAUCGGCAGGAUCUUUUACAGGCGCCAAGCUGAAGGUUGGAGGGGGUUGAAAAGGGUGGUAGCAUUUGCUGCCCAGGCCAGUCCAGCCCUCCUGGUUUCCUGACUCAUCUUAUCUCCCUCUAGUCCCUGCAUGGAGGGAGGCUGGCCUGGAUAUCUUUACUGCUUGAUUUCAGGAGUGCUCCAGCCUCAUCUUGGCCUGAACUCAGCCCCCUCUCCACACUCCCAUCAGGAAGAAAAAAGGAACAGGCCUGGGCGCAGGGAUGGAGGCCAAGCCCACAGACCUCGCCGAUGGUGCCGAUGGUGACGGGCCUCUGCGGGUUCAGGUACGGCCAAAGGCCACGGGGGACGAGGCUGCCCUUCGGAAGCUCCUGGAGGUGGUGGCGGCCGAGAUGGGGUCGGCCCUCGGAGCCCGGAUGCUGCGGCGGCCGUGGUUCCUGCUGCUGCUGGGAUGUGGCUUCACUCUCCUGGCAACCUCAUCCCGUUCCCUGUUGCUGCCCUUGCUGGUCCUGGCGCUAUUCCUGGCUGUUGGCCGCCCCGCGUUGGCUCAUGCUUGGGCUCUGUACGCUCACCAAGACAUGAGUCUUGGUCUGAGGGCUCCGGGGGCCCCAGGGUUUCGGUUCUGGGUGGCUGAGGACACAGAUGGCAGCGUGGUGGGAAUGGUGGGUGUGUCAGGGAUUGGGAAGAGUGGAGAUGGGGAGCUGGAGCUGAGGUCCCUGGCUGUAAGCCACGAGCAUCGGGGUCAUGGGGUGGGCAGGGCCCUGUGCCAGGCUGUGCUGGCCUUUGCCCGCGGCUCCCCUGGCUGCCGGGUCGUGGUGCUGGACACACAUAUGCUCCAUAGUCCUGCCCAGAGGCUCUUCUCCAGCCUUGGCUUCCACCCAGGCCCUACAUGCCUGCAGCCUACACUUAGUGGGUUCCUGGCUGACCUCCCUGUCACUCGCUACCACUAUUCCCUGACUGGCAACAGAACUGAAGAUAACAGCCCUGCUGGUGAGGACUGAACCUUCCACUUGUCAGCCAGGGCCUGAGCCUCCCACCCACCAAUCUGCCAGCCCAGAGAUGCCUGUGCCUCCAGGGAUGGAGGUCCUCAUGUCAGCUCUGCAGCCUUGAGACAUAGGCGGUGAGCCUGUAGUCAGUGGGCACAGAGGUUGGGAGGAUGGCUGAGGGGCUGGAUGUGGCGAUGGGUGAGAGUCAGGGUCAGACGGGCCUUCUGAGAACAACUGUCAGGACCUGAGCUGAGAUCAGGGCUGGAGAGGGCCUUCUAAUCAAUCUGGCAUCUGAAGGAAGACAUUGAGGGAUUCUGGCCAUCCGGGGGCACCUGGGAUGGUCACCACGUCAUCCAAGGUUUGGCCGAAAGAACCUGUCCCAGCUACCCCCAAACGCAGUGGACCAUCUCGGGAGAUAGUGGAGUCACCAUUUCUCAGGGGCCUCAAGGAGAAACUAAAUGAUCCUUUGUCAGAAGUGUAAAGGGGAUGGGGAAUGGUCACAGAUUCUGGGCCUGAGGGAGGCCUGAGGGAUUACAGACGUUUUAUAACUACUUGUUGGAUUGGGGCUUGGACAGGGCCUAAGAAAAUAAAACCAUUCCCGACCUUGCUCAGCUUUGUCUCUCUCUCUGUUGGACACUUUUCAGAGGAGCAUUAGAGAGGAAAGUAGGCACCGGUGUUUCCUUCUCUUAGAGAUGGCGGAUUCGGUUGUGUCCACACUGGCCUCUGCCCCAGCUAAGCCUGCACCUGUGAAGCACCCACCCUUGGACCUUAAGUCUCAUGGAGUGGAACCCGUUCCCAGGGAUCCUCCCUUAGGGUCGGGGCAUUCGCCUUUCCCUGCUCAGGUUUUCUGAUCACUCUAACCCUGAAGGAUGCUUGGCUCCCUGGGCUUCCCCACAGGCCUGCCAGGGUGGAAAGACCAUUUGUAGUAUGCGCCAACGCUUAGGAAGGGGAGCACAAGGCGAGGGAGCUCUGGAUCUGCCACGGGAAGCGUCGCUUGGAUGCUCUCGGGUUGGUGCUUCACCAGUCCCACCGCCCUCUGAGCCUCUGCCAGAAGGAGAGUAAUAAGAGCUCUCCUCUCCAGAGCUAACUGGGCACAUGGGGAGCAAAGUGCUUUGUAAGUCAAUUAGCAAGCAUUUAUCGUCCGGCUGGAACCGGGCUGGGAUGGGUGUGCAGGGAACGACCUCGGAGAGAUGGGCUUCUGGCUGUUGCUGCGGUCGCUCAUCACCGCGUGCUGCUGCCGUCUCCUGGCACCUGCUCCUAACAUCUCUGCCCUUCUUUCCCUUCUCUCUGCUGGCACCGGGCCCUUUUCCAUGUCACUGAGUGCUUUCCAUUUCUUUCUAGGAGAACAGACUCGGAAGGUUAGGUUUUAGAUAAAAAUCUAAAGCAAAAACCUCACCUCAGGCUGAGCAGCCUCUGAGUCUGACCUAGAGGUUCUUCCAGGUGCAGAGGGCUCCACAAGUCACCCACCCCCUUCUCUACCUCAGCCAAGAGAGAAUGGGCUGCAGGCAUCGGCCAGAUCCGGUUUGAUGGGCCGAGCUCUUCGAUCCACAGGAAGUGUUCUUUCCUGUCCUUACCUUUCCUGUCCAUGGGGAUCUCACAUGGGAAGCUCCCUCCAUAUCUACUGAGCUAGCCAUUGGAUCCCUUCACAGGCCUGGGAGAGGCUAGAGUUCCUGUGGGCCUCUGAGGCCUGGGCUUGUCCCUGAUCCACAUCUGCUGCUGGCCAAGGCUCCAGUAGCUCUGGGUGGGGUGCACAUUGAAUCCAGCUGUCUCUGGGAAAAUGUCAAGGAGCUGGGUCAGGAGAAGGGGACAUGGGAGUACAGCCAGGGGUGGGAACAUCUGUGAAGUAAACCCGUUUCUGUUUCCUCCAGUUUAUGUCCUUGUUUAUACAAUGGUGGUGAUCAUGGCGGGUAGGGGAAGAAGUGGAGACCCUUAAGCCCACGAGCCAGGCCCUUGGGAUCUGAGGAGGUAGGACCAAAUUUGAUGUGGGUGUUUUGAUAGGAAAACUAUUCUUACUUGGACCACUAAAGAGAGACCCUUCUGGAAUCUCGAAAACAGGCUGUUGAGUGGAAUCUUUCCCAGGUAUAUGAUUCCUAAAUCUGUAAUUUUGUUUUUCCUUGCAAAUAAACCCUAAAAAAUG